GGUGGCUUUUGGCCGCGCCGCCGUCCCGUACUUGGCGUGGCGGUGACGCGUUUCCAUGGGGCAGCGGGGCGCGUGGCACGGCGGGGGCCGGGCGGGGCGGGGCGGCCUUAAAGCGGCCGCGGGGGCAGCGCGAGCCAGGCGGGCAGCGGCGGCCGGAGCUGCGGGUCACGAUGGCGGAGAAGAUCCUGGUGACUGGUGGAGCCGGUUAUAUCGGCAGCCACUGCGUGCUGGAGCUGGUGGAGGCGGGCUAUGUCCCCGUGGUCAUAGACAACUUUCACAACGCCAUCCGAGGUGCCGAUGUGCUCCCUGAGAGCCUCCAGCGUGUGCAGCAGAUCGUGCACCAGCCCAUCCUUUUCCAGGAGCUGGAUGUCACAGACGAGGCAGCGCUGCAGGAGCUCUUCAGCAAGCACCACUUCUCGGCCGUGAUGCACUUUGCGGGGCUGAAGGCGGUGGGGGAGUCUGUGCAGAAGCCCCUGGAGUACUACAGGGUGAACCUCACCGGGACCAUCCGGCUGCUGGAGGCCAUGAAAGCCCACGGCGUGAGGGACAUCGUGUUCAGCAGCUCUGCCACUGUCUACGGAGACCCCAAGUACCUGCCCCUGGACGAGAACCACCCCGUUGGGGGCUGCACCAACCCCUACGGCAAAUCCAAGUACUUCAUUGAGGAGAUGAUUCGAGAUCUCUGCAAAGCGGAGGAGGACUGGAACGCCGUUAUCCUGCGCUAUUUCAACCCUAUCGGUGCCCAUGAAUCAGGGAUGAUCGGAGAAGAUCCUCAAGGGAUCCCAAACAACCUCAUGCCUUACGUGGCUCAGGUGGCGGUGGGGCGCCGCGACGUCCUGAGCGUGUUUGGGGAUGACUACAACACUGACGAUGGAACGGGUGUCAGGGAUUACAUCCAUGUCGUGGAUUUGGCCAAGGGCCACAUCGCUGCUUUGAAGAAGCUCAAAGAGAACUGCGGCUGCAAGAUCUACAAUCUGGGCACAGGCACCGGCUAUUCUGUCCUCCAGAUGGUCCGGGCCAUGGAGAAAGCCUCAGGGAGGGAGAUCAAGUACAAGAUCACCGGCCGGCGGGAGGGAGACGUGGCCUCCUGCUACGCCAACCCGGCGCUGGCUGAGCGGGAGCUGGGCUGGAAAGCUGCUUUCGGCUUGGACAAGAUGUGUGAGGACCUGUGGCGAUGGCAGCUGCAGAAUCCCACCGGCUUCAGCAAGAACUGAGCUGGGCAGCCCCGCCUGCGCCCUCCCCGGGUCCCAGGGAGGUUGCAACAAUCCCAGAUGAAUUUCCAACCCGUCCCUCCCACCCACCCACCCACCUUUUGCAUGGGGCAGGAGCCCCCUCAGCCUCCUCCUGUUCUUCCUCCCUCUCCCCCCAGGUCCUCUUCAUCUCAUAGACCAGAAACAUAAGGAAAAGCAGAGCCAGGGCCUGGCCUCAGCCUAGGGCAGAAAAUCCCCUUGUGGGAACGUACCUGGGGUGCUGCUGGCCUCAGCCGGGAGAAGGUGCUGGUCUGGGCCUUGCACCCGCUCCUGGGGCUGCUCCUAGGCCAUCCCAGUCCUAGCCUGACCCUCUGUCUCCCCAAGUCCCGGAGGAGGGGCACUCCUGGGCCCCAGGCAGGCAGCUAAGGCCCCCACUGCCCCCCAGGCCUGAGAUCAGAGACGGCUGCUCUCUCCCUCACCUACCUCAUGGCCUCAGGCUGCCACAUCUUCCUCUCACCCUCACAGGGACCACAGUCACAGCCUGAGGCCAUUGUCCCCAGGAGGUGGCUCCUGUCCCCAGCGCUGGCCUGGGGCCCGACUCGCGCACCCCGCACCCCCUGGCUCCCCCAGCUCCCAGGCACCGGUUCGCAAAGCAGCCCUGCCGCGCCUGGGCGAGGGAUCACGGCCAGCAGCCCUGGGCUGAGCCGCCCGGCUCCCUCGGCCCCGGAGGGCUGCGUCUCCAUGCCGGGCAGCAGGAGCUCAGAGCUGGCUCGUGUCUAGUUUUGCUUCUCAGUUGCCUGUGGCAGCCACUUCCCUAAUCGUGUUGCCAAGGGCUGCCCAGGAGAAGGCUCUGCUUGGCUGUCAAAUACUGGUCCUAUUUAUUACUGGCAGCUUUAACGGUUUCGUUAGGCAAUGAUGACGCAGCCAGUCUGGUUUGCUGUCACUUGGAUUAAUAACUUAUGCUACUAAAUUAUGAAUGGAGCUUUUGAUUUGUUUUUAAAUAAACUUUCUUACUUUCUAA